AUGUCAUCGAACGCCACACGUGCACCAGGCCAGGGAAGAUGUCUACCGCCUUUCCUCGAAGCAAACCAAUUUCCGUUAACUGGUGGUAAUCUAGAGGGGAGGUUCUGUUCGGACGUACUAGGUCCAACAUGCUGUCUGCCCUGCCCACAGGCAGAAUGGCUCUACCCGGAUCACUUCGAUGCCAUCACUAGAUCAACCGGUUGGAUUAACGUGGUCGGGUUGGUUGGCAUGGUCUUCAUGCUGGCUUCUUUUGUGUUCUUACCAGUAAACAAAACCCACCGUCAUUACCUCAGUAUUUGUCUGGUUCUGGCGGUAGUGCUCAUGGAGCUUGGAUUUAUUAUCCCGCUCGGCGCGCGGCCGGAGCAAUGUUUCAACGCGAUUACCCCCAAUGACAUGACAACCAACGUGCCGUGCGCAUUAUCCGGGGCUUUGGUGAUUGCUGGGGGCUGGGCCGGUUUGAUGUGGGUAUUCUUGCGAGCGGUUGCGCUGCAUCUCCAGAUCUGCUGGCAGCUGGUUAUUGGGAAGACGUUCAUGUGGGGUGCGCUGGCUGCUGGAUGGGGGAUACCCGCAAUUGGGUUGGCAUGCGCUAUGGUUUUCAGCGGUGUAUCAUUCAGAUUCGGAAACACCUGCCACAUCAACCACAAGCACAGUUUGGCCGAUCUGUGGAUCCCGCUGCUCGUCUUCUCGGCCAUCACCGUCGUCAUUCAGUUUGCCACCUUCGGAUAUUGUAUCAAAGUCUACCUGGCGUCACUUGUCGACAACUCGAGCACAACGGGCACCUCCGACUUGCCAUCGUAUUCCAACAGCGUCCGAGGAACGCUCUCCCCACGCCAGGCAUAUCGAAGGGUUCGAAGGGUCAUUGAGCUUCAAUGGAGAGGAAUCGCAAUUGUACUAGUGAUUAUCGCCGACGUGGUCUUCUUUGCAGUUGUGUUCGUGUUCAUGGACGACAUCCAGACGAACCUUAAGGAAAACCCAACCAAGGCCCAAGAUUGGUUGGCAUGUCUGAUCGCCACAAAGGGACAGAAGAACAAGUGCCUGGAUCUUGGGAGCAGCCUCAUGGUUAAUGAAGCUACCGUCAUGUCGGUGCUUGUGUUACUAUCGUUGAACGGCAUCUGGCUACUAAUCUUCCUUGGCCGGCUCUCAAUGCUCACAGGCUGGUAUGACCUAAUUAAAUCAUUAAUUAAGCCCACCAACGAGUUCGUGAGUGUCGACGUUCGACAACAGAAAGACCCGAACACAUAUGAAAUGCUAAGCCGCGAGCGAGACGUCACCAAGACGCCCGAAGCCUUUGCGACUCCAGACAUGACCCCAGUAUCGCCCACUGCCAAAUCACCCAUACCCGGAAAAGGUCGCGAAACCCCUGACUAUUUUGGGCGCGAAGCACGAUAUAAGUCGCCAUCGCGCUCAUUCAGCUCACCCAAGCCUCCACAAGGGCGGUCACAGCAGCCAGUCCAGUCCUGGGAUUCAGCAUCUACAUAUGCCCCCCCACAGCCUCCUCCACCUGGGAUGGACCCACUGGGCAUGAACAAGUUCUGA